AAAAAGAAAAAAUUCGCUGGCAUCUUAAAUAUUAUCAGCGAAAAGUAUACGACACUCAUUCUAACAAGCCACGUGUAACCUAUCUUCUUCUAGAAUGGUGCCAAUCCUAGUCACCACCUUAUUCCUUUUAACCCUCCACUAUCAUCUCUUCUCACACCAAGCAAAGAAUCACCCAAAUCGUAACAAAAUCAAUGUCUCUGCUAAAUCAAUAAACACAAAACCAAAAUGUCUCUGCAAAAAUUCAAGCUUCUCGCUACUCAUUGCAGCACCGUCGCUGAGAGUCCAACGCGUAGUCCAGUCAUCCACCUCCGCCGUCGUAAAACGCUGCGUUUGUUACUUACUCGAUCAUCAGAUCGAUGGAGAUUACCUGAGAUUCAGAACAACGUAGAUGAAUCGAAGAAAUCGGAUAAGAGAGAUAAGAUCCGAUCUCGUCGGAAGCUUAGAGAGCUUUUUGUUUCGUCGCCACCGUUUGAGGAAAGUGGCGGCGGCGGUGAUGAGAAGGCGAUGAAGAUGGAGGUGGAGGUGGAGAUGGAGAGGGAUGUAGCGGUUAACGGCGUUAAUAAUAACGGAGGUUUUGGUGAAGAGAUAACGGCUCGGCGUGUGGGCUUUAAUGGGUCUGUUAGGCCCAUGUCAUCUGUUACACUUCGAUGUAGGUUACUUCGACGAGCUUGGCGUCCUGUACUUGUAACGAUUCCUGAACAAUAAAAACUCUGAAACAAAUAAAUCUAUAUAUACAUUUUUGAAUGUUUAAA